AUGAUGCCCAGUAGAGGCCUUCAUCUGGCCAGAGGCAAUGCGCCUCGCCUGUAUCAGUUGCAAUGUCGAAAUCUCUCCUCCGCAUCAAGACGAAUACCGCAAACCACGAGUCGCAACGCCUUAUCAUCGCACAACCCUCCCGCGCAAUUGCGAAGAGCGAUACCAGCCUUCACCACCUCCAUCCAAGCAACCCGCAAUGCCUCAACCAACGCCCCUCCCACACCACCACCCGCCUCCACCCCCGAGCCUCCAGUCUACCCGGACAUGGACACCAUAACCCUCGACAACAUCGACCUAUCCAGCCCCGACAUUCCCGCCCACAUCGCCUCCAUCCCCGAGAAGAUCGGUUACCUCCAUGAAAUCGGCCUCAACUACGGCUGGGGCCCUACCUCCAUCCUCGAAUGGACCAUCGAGCACUUCCACAUCUCCGCCGGCCUGCCCUGGUGGGCCAGUAUAGCCGCUACAGCCGUGGCUCUGCGAGUUGCGCUCAUACCAUUCUUCAUCAAGAGCUCCGACGUCAUGGCGCGCCAGGGGGCGCUCGUGAGCGUCACAAAACCUAUCACUGAGCGCAUGCAAGAGUCAAAGCGGAUCAAUGACCAGCAGGGGAUGCUGCAGGCGUGGGCGGAGCUGAGAGCGGUGAGGAAGAGAGCCGGGGUCAGUUUUCGGACGCAGUUCACGCCGAUGAUCUUGCAGGGAGUUUUUGGGUAUUGCGGGUUCAAGCUGUUGAGGGCGGCGUCGAAUUUGCCCGUGCCGGCUUUUAAGACGGAGGGACCGCUUUGGCUGGGCGAUUUGACGGUGCCGGAUCCUUAUUUGAUACUGCCUGUGGUGAUGGCGGGGUGUAUACAUCUGUUGAUCAGGAUGGGAGGCGAGACGGGGUCAGCGCAGAUGCCUUCCCCCGGGAUGCAGAAGUUCAUGCUGUACGGGAUGCCGGGGAUCAUCAUUCUGGGGACGGGAUACCAGUCGGCCGCUGUCUGCGUGUGGUUUGCGGCCGGGGGCGCGCUGGGCAUCGUGCAGAGUCUUACUUUGCAGCGGCCGGCGGUGAGGAAGUGGUUGGGCAUUGCGCCGCUCUACAAGCCGACGGCCGAGGAGCGAGAUCAAGGGCCGCUAGCGGCAUGGAUGGGGACACCGUCUGGUGACACUUCUAGACCGACUACUACCCGCCCGGGAUCUGGUGGAAAGAACGCAGCCUACAUGAACCCGACAUACCAAUCCCCGAACCUCCGCUCCUCCUCGAGUGCCCGGAACUCGCAGGUCAUCGAUGUCAAAGCGGUGCCCCCGAGAUCCAACGCCGCCUCUGCCUCAACAUAUGAAUCCGACGACAUGAUUUCGCCAUCCGGUCCCGCGCAAUCGAGCGCCAAGUCUAGCGGAGGUGUCUUCAAGCAGGCUUCUUCGGCUUUCAAGGACUUCUCGAAGGCCGCCACGGAGCGGAGGGAUGCGUUCUUCCGAAAUACGCCUGAGGGGAGAGCGCAGAAGGAGAAGGAGGCGAGGCGGAGGGCGGAGAAGGAUUAUGAGACGAAGGCUAGGGAGAGGGAGAGGGAGAAGGAGAGGGAGAGGCGGAAGAGGGGUGGGCGGUGA